AUGAGCGAGUUAGAGCCAUUGGAUGUAGAAUACACGAAAAUUCAGGGAUCUGCUGUACUAAGUGGGCGAUAUGAUAUCAAAUCGAAGCUGGAACACGAAGCGGGAUACCUGGAUGCACUUCCAGAUAACAUAUGUCAGUACCAACUUUUGGUUUAUGUUGACUUAAGUGGUAACAAUAUAAAGGAAAUUGGAAAUAUAUCGUGUCUUACUAAAUUAGAUACAUUAGAUUUGAGUGAGAACCAACUGUUCUAUAUCUACAAUAAUACAUUCCGAGGACUGGUGUCACUGCGGAAACUAAAUUUGACAAAUAACAAAAUCAGCUACAUAGAACCCUAUUCCUGGUCUCAUCAAACGUCUACUAUAAUAAACAUUCAGCUGGAGGGCAAUGAUCUGUCAGAAGUUGACGUAACGAAUGUCAUCAUCAAUCGACCUUUUUGUUAUCUUAAUUACAAACAUAACAACAUUGGAAAUAUCGUUAACGAAGCUGGAUGGACUUUGACAGCGGACGAUGAAAUCGUACAAGGUGGUUUCAUCGACUUGACUGAAAACAGCAUGUCUGGCAUCAUCGACUUUCUAAAUCUUGGUGUUACUGACCUUACGGUAUUAGGGAAGAUAUAUUCUUAUGGUAUAGAUUUGAGUGAUGUUCCCUUCCAAUGUGAUUGUAGAAUGGAGCCAUUCUUUCAGUUGGCUGAAUCUAGCCUCCAGGUGGUAUGGAGAAGUUAUUUGGAUAUGUACUGCUUCUCCCCAGAGCAACUACGCAAUCGGUCUAUACCAGAACUGAUACGGAGUAAGCAAUACGAUCUCUUUAUAUGUGAUAUACCACAAACUGAAGGUUGUCCUUACAAUUGUAAUUGCUAUAAACAGCCAAGCAGAGAUCGCGUGGUCGUAAAUUGCUCAGGGCAUGGACUUGAUAUGAUGCCUAAACACGUUCCCAGAAAUGAUCUUCCACUUGAGAUAUAUCUAGACAAUAACAGUAUAUCCAGCUUAGAGUGGCGAGGAUACCUUAACCAAACACGGAAGUUAGUCUUAUCCAACAACUCCAUAACUACGAUGGAGGGCCGUGCUGUUAAUCAACUACAGAACGCAAUGGAAGUAGAUUUACGGGGAAACACGGAAAUCAAUGAUUUACCUGAAGAUAUACGUUACUUAAAACCAAGCAUUUUCAUUUUCGGAGAACUUACAAUUAACUGCAAUUGUAGCAAUACAUGGUAUGGAGAAUGGAUAAAAAUGCAUGAGAAUGAAAAAGGAGAUAUGAACAAGUUUUGGUGCCACACUGAAAACAGUACUAAGGAGGCUGCUGAGGUAGUAACAGAAGAAUUGCUAGAUUGUAGUAAAGCGUCGAUGCCGCCGACAUGGAUUGCGGUUACUCUGGCAGUAUUGUCAACUCUUAUCUUGGGGAUUUCGUUGAUCGUGAAGGUAUUUAAGUACGAGAUUUACCUGUUAUUCCGUACUCUAAGAAGCAAAUAUAAGACAUACCCAGAUAUGUAUUAUGAUGUUUAUGUAUUAUAUGAUGAAAAAACUGACGAGAUAAAUAAGUGGAUCAUGAAUGGAUUACUUCCAGCACUUGAACAGGACGGUUACCGCGUUUGUAUCCCAGCUAGAGAUUUUAAUGUAGGUAUUCCGUUUGAAGAUGAAAUUGCUGAUUUCAUGGGACGGAGCAAAUUUGCGUUAAUACUCUUUUCAAAACAUGAGAAAAACGUGUUUUGGGAUUUGGAAUGGAAGCAUGCAUGGUACUUGUAUACUUCGUAUCAAAUCAAGAACAUUAUCCUGAUAAAUUUUGACAUUUUAGACUAUGAUUCCGUGACCCAACCCGUCUUAAGUGCGUUUGUCCGGCUUGGAAUGUCUCUUGACUUUGCCAAUAUGAAGAAAUCAUUAAUUACCGAUGUUAAGGAAAAACUGGGUUGUUCAAGAAGAAGAAAUCGUCGUUUAAAGAACGAAUUUGCUAACUGCAACACAAGAUUUAUUCGUCAGGAUAUGCUCGUGAAGUGAUGAAAUGCAAAGCCUUAUCAAAAUCAAAAGUUUCGUUUGUCAAUCUUUGUUGUUUUUUCAGAUCUGACCCGAAACCUGUCUCGAAGGGUAAGGGUUUCCUUUAGUCAUUAAUCUUCAUUUGUCCUCGACUGCCGUUCUCCAUGGAGUUAACGAAUCACAGCUAAAUCUUCUGCCCACGUUCCACCAGUGGGUUUAACUUUCCUGAUAGAGUCUUGAGGUGGUUCUACCUAGGAUGCGUUAUUUUUGGGUCGGUUCAAAAUCCGAAAAGGCUGUCUUCUGGCAAUACACAUUUUAAAUUUCUUCCUCAGUUCUACUGGUACCAUUUAGCUUAUUUUUGGUAAAGAUAUUUAUGAAU